AUGUGCUGCCACCUAUCGAUAGAAGCUGCGUUACUCAUGAGCGGACGUCUUGUAGGCUAGCGUUUCUGCGUUUGUUUUAUCCAUCUAGAUUCUCCUAAAGCGCAUGCAAGACAUGCAAGAGGGAUGUUCAUAUGUACAUGUAAUAGAUCUACACUAGCAGUGAUAGAUUACAAACUAGCAGGCAUCAUUUGAGAGACUGGUUGAAACCAGGACUGUACUGAAAGAUGGCAGCACCACAGAUCCGUAAGCGAGAUGAAAGGGAGGCUGCAUUUUGGAAUGCCCUCAAUGACAUGCGAGUUAACGGCAAGUUGUGUGACAUCCUCCUAUCUGUAACACGUAAUGAUGGUAGUGAUGUAGAGUACCCUGCACAUAAAGUCAUCCUUGCGGCAUCUAGUCGCUACUUUGCAGCCAACCUUGAUGUACUAGCAUCAGUGACCAUCCAUAAACUGUCAGAUAUAACAGAGCUAGGCCUCAAGGCUGUGUUAGAUGUGAUCUACCGCCAAGAAAUACCUAAAUUGAUAUUUGAGAGCACGGAAGUUAAACAAGCUGCUGAUAAGUUGAAGAUCAUGCUCCCCGAGCAAUACAACCCAUAUACUGUCGAACAGAAAAUGAAUGAACCUGCUAUGCCCAUAUAUGCUGAGCUUGCCCUUGGGUUAAUUCAGAGCUAUGAGAGGUCCGGCCUGGGGGGACAGGAGGACCAAGUCCAAGUUGCCAUGAAUAAUAUCCCAAACUCUAUGAACAAUCUGGUGAACACAAGUGUUAACAUACCCCAAGUGCCUAAUACAAUGAACAUCCAGAAUGUGCCAAACAUGGUCACUGGCUUCACAAACACACAACAGCAGCCUCCACCCCAGAAUCCUUCAUUCUCCCCCAGUAUGUACAGUGAGCCAACCUGGCGUCCUGAUGUAAGUGUGAGUGCACCCCCUGACCCCCAUUCUCAGACCCCUCAAGAUCUUGCCGCCUAUAGAGAUGUAUCCCAUCAUGCAUCGGUACUUGGGCAUGAAAACAUCCUCUCCGCUGAAUCCAUGGCUUCAAUUCACAAAGAGAUGAGUGCAAUGACGAACAGCAAGAAUAAACUACCAAUCACAUUUCUACGAGAUGAAAUCCCAGAUGGAUCCAAACGUAAACCUUUAGAUCACCUUGACCUUGCUAUAAGUACAGUAAGUCGAGCUAAACGUCGGGAAAAAAUGAAAAAACGUAAAACCUACAAAGAUCCAUUUGUGUCUGCUUCUGAAUCUGAAGAUGAAAUGUAUCACAAGUUCAUGGUUACAAGAUCUGGGGAUAUCCGACCUGCCAAGACAAAACAUCGCGCACAUGGACGCAAAACCAAAGAGAAAUGUGCCAUAUGUGAUAAAACCUAUAACCAAGCAAAUAUAUUACGUCAUAUUUGGCGGGUUCAUCAGAUGGGGGAGAAGCCAGCCAAGCGGUUCAGGCACAGAGCAGGAAGACUAGACCCUGGGAAGAGCAAUAAAAAGAGAAUGAAAGUUAGUUGUAACAUUUGUGGUAUAAUCAUAUCACAGGCUUGUAUGAAGAGCCAUAUUGCACGCACUCAUGACAAAAUCAAGCGUCAUUCAUGUACACGAUGUGGGAAAAGUUUCUAUGACUUGAAAAACCUGCGAAUGCAUGUAGAUACAGUUCAUGAAGGCAAGCGACCUUUUAUUUGUGACAUCUGUGGUAAAGCUAUGGCAAGAUCCCAUGCUCUUCAGGUACAUCUUGGGAUACAACAUGGCCUCAAGUUUGAUAAAUACAAAGAACUUCAAUCUAAAAAUCAGUUGACAGACAUCAUAGCUAAGUGGGAAUCCAGCCAGGGUGGAAAAUCUCAGGUUAGCUCAGUACGUUCCCGUCCUUUGAAGAAUCAGAUAAAUCGGCCAGUGAAGAUGAUGCCUCCCAACCAGAUGGCUAAUAACAUACAGAGCACCAGCCAGAGUAACACCCCUACCCCCAUAGAACAACAGGUUGUGCAUCCAGUUCAACUACAGCAAUUACAACAGCAACAGCAGCCCCAGCUGUUGCCUAGCAACAAUCAACAACAGCAACAACAACAACCAAUGGCAUCCAUGUGGCCCUCGCUACAAUCCCCUCCCCUCGUGUCGAAUAACCCUAUGGGAGUCCAAGAUCAGCACUAUCAGAACCUGCUGGGACCUGCCACCCAGUCCUGGCCUCAAUUUAAUAAUCAGCUUCAGGGUGCUGUGACUGCUCCGACCUCAGUGCCUCAGUCACUCCCCCAAGCAAAACCCCACCCAACACCCCCUCAGACCCAAACCCGUUAUGGAUGCAAUAUCUGCGGGGAAACAUAUGCAACCAAUGGGAGCCUCACGCGCCAUAUAGCAAGAGUCCACAAUGGCAGUAAGAAAUUCACAUGUACCUUUUGUGGCAAGAAAUGUUUCGAUUCGACUGGUCUGAAGUUACAUAUAGCUGUCCAUACAGGAGAGAAAAACCAAGUGUGCCCAGUGUGUAGUUAUAGAUGCAUCCAGAAAGCACAGUUACUUAGUCAUAUAAGACGUGUUCACGACACUGAUAAGAAGAAACCUGCCAAGUUCAUCCUAGACCCUGAAGCUGCUAACACAUAUUAUUGCCGUCUUUGUGAGUUCUCAUCAAAAUACAAAGGAAACCUUAAGAUGCAUAUGCAGAGACGUCAUGGAGAGGGAACCACCAAUGAACAGAUAUUAUGCACAGAUUGCGGAAAGGCGUUCCGCUUUAAAGAUGACCUUCAGAAACACGUAGAGAGAGUUCAUCUGAAAGUGAAGAAGUUCCAGUGUGAAGGAUGUAGUAAACUGUGCUAUGAUAAACAGGACUUGGUGCGUCAUAAAUGUAAAGGGAAUCGACCACAGAGCAAUGUACAUGUAAUAACCAAUUCAGCUGAUAUAGUUCCCAGUGUGCAAUCACAGCCCAAUCCUCAGCCAAUGCAUAUGCAAUAG